CAGCCAAGAAUGACCACGUUAACUCACCGGGCCCGCCGCAUGGAAGGAGGCAAGAACUCCGAAAAGAAGGUGGAAAGUGAGGAAGACACUAAUCAGGACGGGAGUGCGGACAGUGAAGACGCUGGUGACUGCAAGGACAUCCGCCUCACCCUUAUGGAAGAAAUCCUGCUCCUGGGGCUGAAGGACAAAGAGGGCUACACGUCCUUCUGGAACGACUGCAUAUCGUCGGGCCUGCGGGGCGGCAUCCUGAUAGAGCUGGCCAUGCGGGGUCGGAUCUCCCUGGAGCCCACCACCGUGCGUAAGAAACGGCUGCUGGACAGAAAGGUACUGCUCAGGUCAGACAGCCCGACAGGUGACGUUUUACUGGAUGAAACUCUCAAACACAUCAAAGCCACUGAACCCACAGAAACUGUCCAAACAUGGAUAGAACUACUCACUGGUGAGACUUGGAACCCCUUCAAAUUACAGUACCAGCUGAGAAAUGUAAGAGAGCGAAUUGCCAAGAACCUAGUAGAGAAGGGCAUUCUGACCACGGAGAAGCAGAACUUUCUCCUCUUUGACAUGACUACUCACCCAGUGACCAACACCACAGAGAAACAGCGUUUAGUGAAGAGACUUCAAGACAGCGUGCUCGAGCGGUGGGUGAACGACCCGCAGCGAAUGGACAAGCGAACGCUGGCGCUCCUGGUGCUCGCCCACUCCUCCGACGUACUCGAAAAUGUCUUCUCCUCUCUGACAGACGACAAGUAUGAUGUGGCGAUGAAUCGAGCCAAGGACCUAGUAGAACUGGACCCUGAAGUAGAAGGGACAAAGCACAGUGCCUCAGAGAUGAUCUGGGCCGUGCUGGCUGCCUUCAAUAAGUCCUAACGCCCAGGUGGGUUCUCCUUAUUGACGGUGACAGAGGCACCAUCACAAAUUUUUGUGUGAUGAAAUCCUUUCAUCAUUUUUUUCCUUCUCUUGAAUCAGACUAGUGAUUUGGGGAGAGCAACUUGAGGGCUUCUCGAUAGAUCUUAACCAUCCUAAGCAGACUUUAUAUCUCCCUAGAUUCCCACAGAGGUAGACACACUGGGUGAACCCAUUCGUACCCAGUAAGCACUUUUUCUUCUUGGUUUAUUUCCACCCACUGUGCUUUUGUAUAAGCAGGAACAGGGAUUUGGCAUUCUCUAGCCACAGAAUGUGAAUGAGAUCUUUUAAACCUUUUGUUGUAUCAUUUAAAGUUUGUUUUUCAGUCUUAUUUACAUGGCCUUCACUCUCAGACUCUGCUAAGUAAUGUACUUAUUGAAAGAAUUGCUCCUUUGCAUAAGGAGCAGUGGGGAAAAGACUAAUUUUUGGAGCAGGUUGUCUCUGGGAUUGUGUAUCCCACUAAUGACUUUUUCUGUUCUUUCCUUUUCUAAACUAAUGAGAAUAGUACAAAUUAGAUUACCUGGUCUCCCACUUCCAGAAUCAGAAAUAUUUUUCUUUUCCCUCUCAGCAUUAUCCCAUUCCUUUAUUCAUUAGGACAAAAAUCUAAAUGAAAAUAAAAUCUAUCAACCACCUCUUUGGCACCAUCAGCAUUACAAUUUGUAAGGGAGAGUGGGUGGGAGAGAGCUGAAGCAUGAGAAUCCACCUGUCAGCACGACCCUCCUGGUUUCUGAAAUUACUUUACGUGUCCCCACUGUGGCUGGAGUGAGGGAAUUUUCAGUUGCAUUGGCUGAAUAGCAGCACCCUGAUUCCAGCAGAAGGUCUAAACCGAGCGUCUGCCCCCCCCCUUCCUGCAUAAGCCCAGGGGCUCGUCUAGUCUAUGGGGUUCCAGAAAUAGCUUCCCCUUUCAGCCACAGGUGCCUCCCAUCAGUGGUCUCAUUUCUCCAGAACCUCUAAAACACUUCUCAAUUCAAUAGUGAGUGCAGGGAUGUUUAUUUGGAAGAAUCCUACUCAGAGGGACAAUUGGUAUCAAGAGCUGCUGAUGGAUCAAGUCCAGUAUUUGUGAAUAAAAACAACAGGCACCAAGUUGCGCGAACAUCAGGCAUGUCUUAGGCUGUUAAUUUUCAUGGAUCCUGCGUGUGACCCUUGCAGAGAAAACGGGUGUGGAGCGCUGGUACCACGACUCAGGAUGGCAGCAAGUCUCCGGAUCGGAAGUUACUAUAGGAAUAAUUGCAACUUUCUUUUCCUCCCCAAACCUUUGUAGCCCAUAGUAUGCCCCAGGUCAGUCAAUACUUUGUCCUCAUUUUUCACACUAGCUGUCACCUAGAAGACUAGAGAUAACAACUUUCAUGUGAAACUGUAACUGUCACCCUAAGUAGAGCUUCAGUCUGACUGUAAAAGAACAAAGACCUG